UAUUCGAAGAGGAAACAUCACCUUUGAAUGGAUACCACUGAAAUCGCGAAAAAACGUUUUGAAAAAUUUCUGAAAAAGUGCAGGGACAAGAAGUUUGACCCAACUCGGCUUCCUUCUGUACAGGAAUUACGAAAGGAUGGAUUUUUGAAGUCGUGGAAGUUCUAUUUGAAGUUGUUGGUUAUCAUAUGUGUUUUUCUGAUAACGUAUUUUUGGAAGUAUAUCAAUCAAGGCGAAUGCCUAAUAGAAAUGCCUGGUGCCAUGAGUAAAGCGUUUCGUCCCCCAGAGUCCUGCGAGUUUUGCCGUGGAGUUACAGAGAUAAAAAGGAUUUCUAACAUCACACCAGAGCAGUUUGAGGAAGACUAUGCCUAUUCUGGGAUUCCGGUUAUAGUAACAGAUGCAACUCAAAACUGGACGGCUCUUGAUGUUUUCGAUUUCUGGUACUUCAAAGACGUCUACAUGAAUGCCAAACGGAAACGCAAAAGUCUAAGUUGCCAGUUUUUCCCGCAGAAAACAGGAAUUAAAAAUCUUCACGAAGCUCUAAGUAUACCCCGCGAACGAGUGAACUACGAAACAGGUACUGAGCCUUGGUACUUUGGUUGGAGCAACUGCAACGUAGAAGUGGCGGAAGUACUUCGUCAACACUAUGGACGUCCUUAUUUUCUUCCUGAUACUUCGGAGAAUAAUGCUGUUGAUUGGAUAUUCAUGGGGGGUCCAGGACUAGGGCUUAAUAUGCAUGUAGAUAAUGUCAGGUUGCCAUCGUGGCAAGCCCAGUUGAGAGGUGCGAAACAAUGGAUUUUGGCACCGCCCCCGGAGUGCUAUUUUCAGUGUAAGAGUUUUGAUACUGUUGUGAAGAAGGGAGAGAUAAUUGUGAUUGACACAAAUAAGUGGUAUCACCAGACGAUUGUUGCUCCUGGGGAGGUCAGCAUUACUAUUGGUGCUGAAUAUGAUUAAUGUCUGUGUAUCUGAUUGUUCAAUGUAUUUCAAUAAAAAACAUAUAUUCUGG